AUCGACCUCUUCAAUGACACUGAGCAUUAAGACCAUUUUCUCUCUUUUGAAAUUUAUUUUAUCAAACUACUACCUAAAAUUUUGUCAACUCUCCAUAAUUAACCUCCAAUUGCCAUUCAUAAUUUUGUCAAUUUAGACUAAAACCCAAACAUUUGAAAGAGUAAUUUAUGAGCAGCCAACAGUGGCGCUCAAACUGCAGUGUGCCCUCAGCUAAAGCAAGCAUGGCGCAAGAAGGAAAUCCCCCAUUUUUUGUGGCAGUUCACGUCGGCGCCGGAUUCCAUUCUCCUUCUAACGAAAAGCCUCUCAGGUUCGCCAUGAAUCGCGCUUGCCUUGCCGCCGCCGCCGUCCUACGCAUGGAUUCGGGUGAAUGUGUUGAUGCAGUUGAAGCAGCGAUUCGAGUACUGGAGGAUGAUCCUAGCACAAAUGCAGGCUGUGGUUCAAAUUUGACAGAGGAUGGGCAUGUUGAAUGUGAUGCUAGCAUUAUGGAUGGCGAUUCUGGGGCAUUUGCUGCUGUUGGAGCAGUUCCAGGUGUUCGAAAUCCCAUCCAAGCCGCUGCUUGCCUAAUCAAGGAACAAAAGAUGGGACCUUCACUGCUAGGUCGAAUGCCUCCAACCUUCUUAGUUGGUGAAGGUGCUCAUAAGUGGGCCAAAUCGAAGGGCAUUAGUUGUGCUGAUACAAUAGCAGAGGCUGAAAAGUGGUUAGUGACUGAAAGAACCAAAUCUCAAUGGCGCAAAUAUAAAGCAAUGCUUGAUGCUGCCAAGAUGCGAUUAGGAGGUUUUGACAUGCGUCCUUGUAGCAGAAGAGUUCAGAAAAAUGAGCAAUUGUAUGAUGACGAUACUUUAGAAGAGUUGAAGGAUGUUGAACCCUCUACAUUGGGGGUGAGAGAAAAUGACUGCGUUGUGGAUACAAUUGGAGUCAUUUGUAUUGAUCGUUCUGGACGUGUUGCCUCUGGAGCCUCUAGUGGGGGUAUUGCAAUGAAGGUAAGUGGACGGGUAGGAUUAGCAGGGAUGUAUGGUUCAGGUUGUUGGGCAUCUUCGAAAAGUCCCUUUGGAGCUCCAUUUCUUGUAGGUUGUUGCACUACUGGAGCGGGAGAGUAUUUGAUGAGAGCUUUUGCUGCCAGAGAGUGUUGCACGUCAUUGUCGCUAUCACAGGCAGGUCCAGCUUCUGCUUGUAUCAAAAUUCUUCGCUUGGUAGUUGAGGCUGGUAGACAGCAGUGUGCCGACGGCAGUGCUGGGAUCCUUCUUGUUCAAGCUGAUGCUCCCUUGGUGGGUCCUAAUAAUGUACCAGAGCUGAAAGCGGUGGAGAUUGCAGCUGUAUAUUCAUCGCAGUCGUUUGGAAUAGGAUACUAUGCCAGCUCCAUGGAAAAGCCCAAGGCUUCGAUUAUACGGAACAAGAAACUAAAGAGCACGACAGGGAUAGAUCACUUUGAAGCCAGAAUCAGUGUAACAAUUGGAAGCUAGAGGCCCCUUGAUGACCUUUCAUCUCGUUGUAGUCAUUUUCUGUAGUCUGUGACAACCAACUUUUAUUUUAUUUAUUCAUAUUUAUAACUUAUUUAUGAAAUAGAAAAUCCUAGUGUGAGUCUGGAAAAUUGUAACGGUACAAGCAUUCAACCAUUCAAUUAUAUCAUGCCAUUAAAUCCA